AUGCCUUCCGUCGCACCCCAACAAGCCGCCCAGGCUUCGGAAAACAAGAAGUCGUUCAAGGUCCUCGAGGAUCUCUUUGCCAAACUCAGCGUGGCAAAGGCUCAGGACGAAAUCAACGCUUCAACCAUCAACAUCGCCACCUUCAUCAACGGUGAUAUCGAGGAAGCCGAUGUUCCUACUAAGUUCAUCGAUCACCUCAAGAAGGGCCUCGCCAACAAGAAGGAUGCUCUCGCCAGAGAGCGAUCGCUCGAUGCCGUCAAGGCCAUCGCAGCUCACUCCACCGUCUCGGCCGCUGUCGAGCCGUACCUCGUCAACAUCCUCCCACAAGUCCUCGCUGCCAUCGGCGAUAAGAUCGUUCCGGUCAAGAACGCCGCUCAAGCCGCGGCCCUCGCCAUCGUCGAGGCUUCCAACGCCAACGCCGUCAAGGCCGUCCUCCCCCCCAUUCUGCACUCACUCCGCACCGCACAAAAGUGGCCGGAGAAGAUGACCGAUCUGCAGUGCAUCGAGCUCCUCUGCAAAAAUGCCGCGGCGCAGACCGCCUAUCGCGUUCCUGACCUCAUCCCCGUCAUCUCCGAGGCCAUGUGGGACACCAAGCCCGAAGUCAAGAAGGCGGCCUACGGCACCAUGGAGAAAGUCUGCGCCUUGAUCGUCAACAAGGAUAUCGACCGCUUCAUUCCCGAGCUCAUCAAGUGUAUCGCCAAGCCAGAGAACGUCCCCGAGACCGUUCACUUGCUCGGUGCCACCACCUUCGUCACCGAGGUUCGGGAGCCGACCUUGGCCAUCAUGGUCCCGCUUCUCGAGCGUGGUCUUGUCGAGCGGGAGACUGCCAUCAAGCGUAAAACCGCCGUUAUCAUCGACAAUAUGUGCAAGCUUGUCGAAGAUCCGCAGAUCGUCGCGGCCUUCCUGCCAAAGCUGAUGCCCGCGCUCGAGAAGAACUACGGCACCCUCGCCGACCCCGAGGCCCGUGAAAAGACCAAGCAGGGUCUCGACACCAUCGUCCGUGUCGGUGACGUCAAGGAUGGCAAGAUCCCUGAGAUCUCCAAGUCCGGUGACAUCUCCACCAUCUCCGCCAUCCUCAAGGACAUCCUCUCCGCUAGCCACAAGGAGACCACCGCCGCCAAGUGGGCCCCCAUGAUCGAGUACAUCGCCGCCAUCGGUGGCCAGCUCGUCGACGAGAAGGACACAGACUCGCACUCAUGGAGCGCCAACUCCAUUCCCUUCAUCACCGCCAUGAUCGGCGACGACAAUGCCAAGAGCGUCGCCGAAACGCUCCGCAAGCGGGCAUCACCCGGUGCUGCUGACGCGGACGAGGUCCCCUCGGACGAAGAGGAGGGCGAGGAUCUCUGCAACUGCACGUUCAGCUUGGCGUACGGUGCCAAGAUCCUGCUCAACCAGACGCAUCUGCGUCUGAAGCGUGGCGAGCGAUACGGUCUGCUGGGCCCCAACGGCUCGGGUAAGACGACGCUGAUGCGCGCCAUCAACAACGAGCAGCUGGAUGGCUUCCCCAAGCAGGACGAGGUCAAGACCGUGUACAUCGAGCACGACUUGGAUUCGGCGGACACGGAGAUGCCGGUCAUCGACUGGACGGUCAUGAAGCUGAACGAGGCCAAGGUUGAUAUUACCCGGGAGAAGGUCCGCGAUCAGUUGAAGGAGUUCGGUUUCAACGAUGACAUGAUGAACGGCUACAUUGGCGCUCUGUCCGGUGGAUGGAAGAUGAAGUUGGCGCUGUGCCGUGCUGUCUUCCAGCAGCCCGAUAUCCUGCUCCUUGACGAACCGACCAAUCACAUGGACGUCAAGAACGUGGCAUGGCUCGAGGACUACCUGAAGAACAGCAAGUGCACAUCGAUUGUCAUUUCUCACGACAGCCGUUUCCUCGACAACGUCAUCCAGCAUGUCAUCCACUACGAGCGCUUCAAGCUGAAGCGUUACCGUGGCAAGCUCUCCGACUUCGUCAAGAAGGUCCCGUCCGCGCGAUCCUACUACGAGCUCGGUGCUAGCGAGAUGGAGUUCAAGUUCCCCGAGCCCGGUUUCCUCGAGGGUGUCAAGACCAAGGCCAAGGCCAUCGUCCGUGUCAGCAACAUGACGUUCCAAUACCCCGGCACCCCGGCGCCGCAGCUCACCAAUAUCUCCUUCCAAUGCUCGCUCGGCUCCCGUAUCGCGGUCAUCGGUCCCAACGGCGCCGGUAAAUCCACCCUCGUCAACGUCCUGACCGGUGAGCUCCUCCCCACCACCGGCGAGGUGUACCACCACGAGAACAUCCGUAUCGCGUACAUCAAGCAGCACGCGUUCGCGCACAUCGACCACCAUCUCGACAAGACCCCCUCCGAGUACAUCCAGUGGCGCUUCCAGACCGGCGAGGACCGCGAGACCAUGGACCGUGCCAACAAGAUCAUCACGGAGGAGGACGAGAAGGCCAUGGACCGCAUCUACAUUAUCAACGACUCCCAGCGCCGUAUCCUUGGCGUGCACUCCCGCCGCAAGUUCAAGAACAGCUACGAGUAUGAGUGCUCCUUCAGCCUCGGCGACAACGUCGGCAUGAAGAACGAGAAGUGGACCCCCAUGAUGACUGCCGACAACGAGUGGAUCCCCCGCUCCGAAAUCAUCCAGUCCCAUGCCAAGCUCGUCGCCGAGGUCGAUCAGAAGGAGGCCCUCGCCUCCGGCCAAUUCCGCCCGCUCAUCCGCAAGGAGAUCGAGGCCCACUGCGCCAACUUCGGCCUCGACGCCGAGCUCGUCUCCCAUUCCCGCAUGGUCGGCCUCUCGGGCGGCCAGCGCGUGCGUGCCGUGCUCUCCGCGUGCUCAUGGCAGCGACCCCAUCUCCUCGUCCUUGACGAACCGACCAAUUACCUCGACCGUGACUCCCUCGGCGCGCUGUCCAAGGCGCUGCGCACCUUCGAAGGUGGUGUCAUCGUGAUCACGCAUAACAGCGAGUUCACUAAGGAGAUCACCGAGGAGGUGUGGGCCGUGCAGGCGGGCACGAUGACGCCGUCGGGUCACAACUGGGUGACGGGGCAGGGGGCCGGUCCGCGUCUGGACAAGAAGGAUGACGACGAGGAGGAGAAGUUCGAUGCGAUGGGGAACAAGAUCGAGAGCAGCAAGAAGAAGAAGAAGUUGACGAGCAACGAGGCGCGGAAGGCGAAGAAGGAUCGCAUGAAGCGAAGGAAGGCUGGUGAAGAAGUCUUCAGCGACGAGGAGUAA